UUGAAUACCAAUCUUUUUGUUCUACAGCAUGGUUUGCUACAAUAACCCGUAGAAAUUCCUUUUAAAUAUUACUUGGUAAUUUAUACACAAAAACAACCAAACCAAACGAAGUGUUAUGGGGACCAAGGAAAGCAAUGGUGGUCCUGCCAAAGGUCACGGAGGAAAAAAUGACAAAAGAAAAAUAACAAUGAAAGAGUAUGCAGGCGAUGCUAAACAUGGAAAGUACUGGAGGAGCAUGCAAUCAGCCAAACCCAUUCGAAUCACAAAGAGAAAAGUACCAUCUCCGAUCGACAAUUCCAACUUUUUCGCCUUUAUGACAUUCCACUGGUUGACUGACACUGUCUAUAAAGCAAGGAAAUCUAUUUCUCUGUCCGAUUUACCACCGCUGUCUAUGUACGACACUGCCGAACAUUCGUCGAGGAGAUUAAAUAGACUUUACGAUGAAGAAUAUGACGAAAGAGGUGGGAAGCAAGCAAUGAGACGGGCUUUUCUGCGGUAUAUCCGAACAAGAAUGCUCAUGUCCACUUUCAUCAUUUCUCUCACUGUAUUAUCCGCAUUUAUUGGACCGGCUAUACUUGUCAACAAACUUGUUCAGUUUGCGGAUCUUGAUGAUCCAAGUAUUGGAUAUGGACUUGGUCUUAGUUUUGGAAUAUUAUGCACAGAGUUUGGAAGAUCUUUACUCUUUUCUUUGUUCUGGGCUGUCAAUUACAGAACUGCAGCCCGUGCCAGAGGAGCAGUACUUUCGAUUGUAUUUAGAAAGAUUGCACGAUUGAGAAGUCUCAAAGAUAAAUCUGUCGGAGAGCUUGUAAAUCUCAUUGCAAACGAUGGUCAACGUUUAGCGGAAAUGAUCAUGUAUGGUGGAAUUCUUGUCGGUGCACCUGUCAUGCUUUUAUUUGCUACCAUUUAUUGUUACUAUCUGAUCGGUUGGACAUCCCUUGUGGGAAUCGGUUCAUUUUUGUUAUUCAUUCCUUAUCAGUUUGUGCUCUCCCGAUUAAUGACUGGAUAUCGGAAGAAGGCGAUUGGAAUAACAGAUACUAGAGUCAGGAUGAUGAACGAAGUUUUAACUUGUGUAAAACUGAUCAAGAUGUAUGCAUGGGAGGACAGUUUCGCUGAUUCGAUCAAGACAAUCCGAUCGGACGAGAGGAAGGUGCUCACGAAACAAGCUAUGAUUCAGAGUUUACAAAUAUCUGUUGUUCCUAUAGUACCAGUACUCUCUACAGUAUUGACUUUCCUGGUUCACACGCUCAUGGGUUAUCCAUUAUAUCCAGAUCAGGCGUUUACCGUGAUUGCCAUAUUCAAUGCCAUGAGAUUCAUCCUCGCAAUUCUGCCGAUGUCAGUCAAGGCCGUAGCUGAGGUUUUUGUUUCGUUCGAUCGUAUGGACGAUCUACUACUUAUGGAAGAAAUGAAAGAAUACUCAGUUUCGCCAAAGUCGAGAAAUAACGCUGUUGAGCUGCGAAAUAUGACUGUCGCGUGGGAUGUUAUCGAAAAAACCCAAAGCGGAGAAGACAAGAAAAAAGAUUUCAAGAAGCAAGAAGUUGGCCUAGAAGAAACUGUCGAUGUCAUGUUUGAUAUUGACUUAACAGUACCCAAAGGCAGUUUACUUGGAAUUUGCGGAUCUGUCGGUGCUGGCAAGUCAUCUCUUGUGUGCUCAAUGAUGGGUCAAACCAGAAUCAAAAAGGGAAUCGUUGGCAUUGAUGGAUCCAUGGCAUACGUUCCUCAGCAAGCUUGGAUAUUUCAUGCGACCGUCCGCGACAACAUCACAUUCGGAAAACCAUUUAUUCAAGAAAAGUAUGACAAAGUUGUUGAAGCCUGUUGUUUAAGACCCGAUUUUGAUAUAUUGACUGACGGCGACAUGACUGAAGUUGGGGAAAGAGGAAUCAAUUUAUCCGGAGGUCAGAGACAGAGAAUCAGUCUUGCAAGAGCUGUAUACAGUGAGAAUGACAUUGUGAUUUUGGAUGAUCCUUUAUCGGCCGUGGAUGCACACGUGGGAAAGACAAUAUUUUUCGAUUGCAUCAAAAAAUUAAUGCUGGGGAAAACAGUCAUAUUUGUUACGCAUCAGUUACAGUACUUGAAGGAUUGCGAUCAAGUUCUUCUCCUUAAAAGGGGACGAGUCGCUGAGAUCGGAUUGCACGAUGAUUUAAUGGAAGCCGGCAAGGAUUACGCAGAACUGAUAAAUAACUUUUAUUUGGAACAAGAUGAUGAUAAAGAUAACACGGAAGCCCUGGAUAAAGAUCUGGUUGAAAAAAUCUUGAAGGAGAGGAAAGCCAGUACAGCAUCUGCUAAGGACUUGCAACUCGAUCGCCUGAGUAUUGGAUCAUCAAAUCACGAUGAGUUCUCUUCUUCUCCGAUGUUAAAACGAAUGGGAAGUGUUCGCGAGAAGGUUGACAGUUUGCAAGCAGAAGGUGGGGCUUAUGUGGAUGACGCCGUGGUUGCCGAGUUUGACGAAGGUAAAGAGAAAACCAGGACAACUCUUGUCCAGGCGGAAACCCAGAGCUCCGGAUCGGUAUCUAGCAAAACUUACUACGCCUAUGUACAUGCUGCAGGAGGAUGGUGUGCUGCUAUAACGUGUCUAACGUUGUUUGCGCUUCUGAUUUUUGGAGCUACGUUGGACAACUGGUGGUUGACUAUUUGGGUCAACGCUGGAGCUUACGUUACCAAUUGUACCUCCCCGACAUCAGAUCAGAUUUUGGAAAAUUCCACAACCUAUGCGACAACAACCAUAUCAGAUGCAUGGAACACCACUGUGUAUUGUGGAGACUAUGAAUUUACCGCAAAUAUAUCUGAAGGUGACAGAUUGGGUUUUUACCAGGCUGUUUAUUUCAUUAUUCUCAUCAUCACUCUCAUCAUUGUCGUAUUGAAGGCACUCAUGUAUACACACAUAGUAAUCGGUGCAUCUUCACGAUUGCAUGACAAAAUUUUCCGUGUUGUAUUUGGCAGUCCUAUGAGUUUUUUCGAUGUAACUCCAACCGGUAGAAUUCUAAACAGAUUCUCCAGAGACAUGGACGAUAUGGAUGUCCGUCUACCACAAACAAUGGAAACCUUCCUCAUUCAAGCUUGGCUUGUUGUAUUCUCUAUCAUUUCCAUCGUUCUUGUAUUCCCGGCGUUCAUCAUUGUCGUGAUAAUACUGGCGUUGGUUUUUGUUUACUUAUACCGGAUCUUCAGAAUUGCAGUUCGUGAGUUGAAGAGAAUUGACAAUGUCACAAGGUCGCCGUUGUUUUCUCAUGUCACUUCCACAGUUCAAGGCCUUGGCACAAUUCAUGCUUAUAAAAAGACAGAUGCUUUUAUUGAAAAGUUUGACACGUUGAUGGACGCAAGCACAUCGCCUUAUUUGUGUUAUUACUCUUCCAUGAGAUGGUUGGCUGUUCGACUUGAUGCGAUGACAAUUUCUGUUACGUUUUUGAUAUCAUUGUUGGUGGUAUUGACAACAAUCUAUGACAUCGGGGUUGGAGAAACAACAGCAGCAUAUGCGGGAUUAGCUUUGUCAUAUUCUGUUCAAAUGACAGGAUUGUUUCAAGUAUGCGUACGUUUUAGUGUUGAAACGGAAUCUUACUAUACAUCAGUGGAGAGGGUUGUUGAAUACAUCACAGGAUGUCCUUCUGAAGCACCGAGAAAGAUCAAGAAAUCGAGGCCUCCACAGGAAUGGCCAAGCAGAGGGGAAAUUGUGUUCGAUAAUUCUACAAUGAGAUACAGACCUGAGCUGCCAUUAGUGUUGCGUGGAUUACGUUUCACUGUCAAACCCAAUGAAAAGGUUGGAAUAGUUGGAAGAACGGGAUCUGGUAAAUCAUCGCUGGGAAUGGUCCUCUUUCGUCUUGUGGAACUGGCACAUGGAAGAAUUCUUAUCGAUGGCUUAGAAAUUGGGAAGAUGGGAUUGGAAGAUCUUCGAAAGAAACUUUCUAUCAUCCCACAAGAUCCGGUACUUUUUGUGGGAACUGUGCGUUACAAUCUUGAUCCUUUUGAGCAAUAUAAAGAUUCAGAAAUAUGGAUGGCUUUGGAAAGGACACAUAUGAAGAGAGCGAUUACGGAACUUCCGAUGAAACUGGAAACAGAAGUUGUAGAAAACGGUGAAAACUUCAGUGUCGGUGAACGUCAGCUGAUGUGUAUGGCUCGUGCUUUGCUCAGGCACUCUCGCAUUAUCAUGUUAGAUGAAGCAACUGCUGCUAUUGACAGUCAAACUGAUGCUCUUGUUCAAGAAACAAUUCGCGAUGCAUUCUCCGAUUGUACCAUGCUUACGAUCGCCCACAGACUCAACACUGUUCUGACAUGUGAUCGAAUCUUGGUUAUGGAUAACGGCUAUGUGGCCGAAUUCGAUGAACCGGCAAGUCUACUAUUGAAUCCAAACUCCCAAUUCUCACAAAUGAUUGCGGCUGCAGCGAGCAUUCAAGAUCAAGACAAGUUGGAACCACCCCCAGUACCUCGAGGAACUAGCAAGCCCAAGCCAGCGCCGGAACCUGCGAAACAUGUUGUCGAAAAAGUCAAGGAAAUUGUCGUCGAAUCCCCUUCGUCCAGCACUUCUGCUGAAGAUAUUAGCAUAAGUCAGGUUCUUGAUUCAGUCGAAGCUGCCGUAAAUGCUCAUUCUAACCCAGCCUACCAAAAUGAUGAUGAUGAAUACGAAUACACCAUUUUGUAAAAAAAUCUGUGAAAAACAUCAAUUAAAUCGACACAGAGUUCAUUUUGAUAAAAAAAAAAUGCUUGUUUCUAUACCACUGACUAAACGUACAAGCAUUUACCAACUCGAUUCGGCACAUAAAAGUCUUGAUAUCCGUUUAUCUCUACCUAUUUUUACGAGCGCCGGGGCCGCUGCUGCAAUGCAGUGCCGCUAGAAUGGACGUUUUGGGUAAUGUUAAUACAUAUAAUAUAUUUUUGUUUUCGAUUAACUUUCCCCUUCAUUUCUCUUUAUGGAAAUUCGAAAGGUCAACUGGUAUUGUCUUUCUAGAAAUCGAUCUCUGACAACGAUUACCAAAAACAGAUGAUACUACUAACGUUAUACAUAAUAGUGUUAUGAACAUUAAAAUAGACUAACGCAGAAAAUAAAGUGUUGGUUCGAAAUCAAAUGUUAUUUUACUGCCUGCUAUUUAUACGGGUGGGACAUUUGUUGAAUAAAAUGUAUUUUCUUCGUUCAAACUUUUCACCUUGCCUAUACUCUGUAAAAUUUUAUAAUUUAGUUCAUUGAAUUUAUUAUAUGACAUAAAACUCUAUAUACCUAAUUAUUGUUCAAUACUAAUUUCACUGUAACCUUCAAUUUUUUAUGAAAUUAAAUCAAUUUGUCAAUUUUUAAUUUUUUCUUUGAUAUUUAUAUUUGUUUCAGAAUAAUUGCUAAUAUUUUAAAUUGUAAGUGGAAUUUAUAUCCGUACAAAUUGGCGUAAUGUAGUUUUCUCUUUCCGUAACCAGCUCGAAAUGAUUCGUUUAUUUUAAAUAGUGAAUGCAGCCAUAAAUAGUUUCCUUCCCCCCUUUUCGAAUUUAUGUUCUCUUUUGCCAAACAGUAACUUCGUCAUGUAAUUUUUAGCACGCCAACUCAUAGUUGCAAGUGGGCCCACUUCUUAGAUCUAGCCAUGAAAAUACAAUCUUAAACGAAAUUUGACAUACUAAAAUCCCCGAAGAAAUCGUAAAUUUUGUAAUCACUAUAAUCAACUGAAUAUUGAUGAUCACACUCAAGUGUAAGUUUUGAAACAAUAUAGCGUGAGGAAAAAGAGGUUUUCGUUUGAAACCUUAUUCCGUACGAGUGUUUGACCCAAAAAGUACGCCCCUGAUCGACUUGGCGGCAGAAACAUUUUGUUGAAUCUUUCCUCGAUCUUGCCUCGAGCAAAUGCAAAUCUUUGAAGAAUCAUUUAUGCUUGAAAAAAUAAAAAAGAUGUAGUGUUAUUACAAUUACUUUCAAUUCUUCCAAUUUAUGCUAUCGUCGGUUUUUUUUUAUAUUUUCGAUCAUGUAAUAUUGUUUUAUUAUAGUCAGCCCCAUAGAAAUAUUUUGCGUGUUCUUUAAAUAAAUUACAAAUGCGUUUGUUUAUAUAUAGUAAUUUCACACUAUUUUUUUGCAAAUAUUUUACAUUAUUCAUACAGUUAAUAUUUGGGAUAUAUGAGCUCAUGUUUGCUUUUACUCGAUUUUUCGAUCAAAGUUUGAGAGAUUUAUGAUUUUCCACCAUUUUGAAUCAAUAAUAAUUAACAAAUAGUUGAAUAAUUUUCAAGUAAUUUAUCUGCAUUUCAUGCUUGAAAAGAUAUAGAUUUUAACAUUAUGAAGCACGUGUGAAAUCUGUAAUAAAAGACAAUUACAGUAAAA